AUGGCGAGAGUCAAGGAAUCCGCCCCAGCCACAGCCUGUGCUCCGCCUCCCGACCGCACCUUGGAAAAUCUCAAAGAAAGUUCUACGGCUCUCCAGCAAUCUAAUGGCGGGACGCCUUCGGCGGGUGGCGCAUGCGCACUGUAUCCUUCGUCUCCAGAUGUGAAGCUGAAAUCUCCAGCCACAGACAUGUGCGGCCGCCGCCUGCCGGUCGACGAAUUCACCUCGCUGACGACGACAGCUGAUUCCUCCACUCCAGCUGCCGCGACACCGACUGCGGGUGUCCCCCUGCUUUCUGUCGCGAGUCAGAAAAACGGAGACCAACUGAGAGAGCGGGCAACGCAUGUGGGCGGAAGACAAAAAUGCGCGGGAAACGCUGCCACUAGAGAUCCAGUAGCCGCGCCUUCUGCAGGCGGGCGUCUUCCGGACGUUACGUCAGCGGAGGUUCACCGCCCGAAGCAGUCGCAGAGAGGCGGCUCACGCUUUGCGACAGAUCCGUUUAACCAUCCCACUGCGAUGUCCCUCGCUUGCUCUUCGUCCCCGCUUCAGCCUCUAUCUUUCGAGCAUCCCGAUGAAGCGUCAUCUCUUGAGGGCCCUCCCCGCAAACGGGUUGAUUCUCUAUCUGAGCGAACAGACCGAUCUGCGAGGCGUGAACCACUGCUGGUGCGCGGCAGACUCGGCGCCGAGGCCGAUUGCGACUUAGGAUCUUCUUCUGAGAGCCUUGACGGCGUCGCGCCCACGGGGUUUGUACAUCGUGAGGCACGCAACAGAGGGAAUCCCGGUGUUUACAGCGGAGGGGAUUCCGUCCAUAGGGCGGCGGAACACAAUGGAGAGGCUGUGGGGCCCGCAGGCGACUGCGGAGUGAGCAGAAUAGGCUCUGCAGAAUCUGAGGUGGAAGCUCAGAGGCUGGUGAAGUCCUUGAUUGCAGAAAGAGAUUUGUACAAGGCAGCGUUUGGAGCGGCAAAUGAGGAACUGGAGGAGCUACAGGGGAGUCAUCGACAGCUUCAGAAAGCUCUCGGAGACGCGGACCGACGACUUCUGCAUUCGAAGUUGCUUUUGCACCGCCAGCAGCGGCGGCUCGCUGCAGCCGAUCAGGGGGGUUCAGCAGGAAGACGUUGGGAGGCUGGAGACAGCCUGGGGAACGUGCACGAGAGAGUGGAAUGGAAGGGCGAAAUUCACAACUAUCUGGGCAAGGAGGAAUCAGCACAAAACGGAGUGGAUGAGGGGCAAACGCCAGCAGCUAGCCACUCCAGUGCAGAUGUGGCAAACUCCCGCGCAAGAACACGGUGCACGCGUGGUCAAGGCCGUGCUACGAGCCGUUCCUCCUGUUCGAAGUCUGCAGGCGAGACGGGCUCUGUGAGCGGUCAGACAAGACCGGAUACAGUGGAGGCAAGAUUUGGAGGAGUGACACGUCGAGAUCUGAGCAAGACUAGAGAGAUCCUGUCAUCUCACCGAGCGUGUGCGCCAGAGUACAUUCUUUCUCCCGCAGUCCAGUCGUCAAACGACUCGCAGCUAGGAGAGCGCACGAUCGAGGUCUUCAGGGCGGGAAAGCCUCGUCCAAGCUCAUUGCUAGUUUCCAAACUCCCAGAGGAGAGAGAAGUGGGAUGUCCGGCGUCUGAAGAAAGCGUCGAACCCGCCAGGCUACCUUGUUCCAGCUACGGCGGGAUGAAAGAGACGACUGACGACGGAAGGCCGGGAAACAACGGUUGCUUGCCCUCUUUAGGAGAGACCGCUAUUUGCAACGGCCGUGGGGGCCGCAGUUACAGUGGACAUACAGCAGGACAAGCAAGCGGAGAGGCCAGAGAUGUGAUGGAGAAAUCCCGGCGCUCUGUGGAGACAGCUCCUCGGUUCCGGGAAGGUUUCGAGAACGAGCGUACAGCAUCUGCCGUUUGCGGAGGAACGGAGGGCCAGUCGAUUUUUGCAGCUUCCGCGUUUGCGGCGACCGGGCAUCAAGCAGCGGCUGGGUCGCGUACACGCCAGCGCAGCGGUGGGUAUCGAAGUCCUGGCGGCGAAGGGGCAUCGCCAGCGCUGAGGUCCGUCUCGUGCGACGGUUUUUACGGACUCAAUGCAGGACUCGGCGACAACUCCAAGACUCCAGAGGAUCUCUGUCACAGCCACUCUGUACUUCCGCCGCCAGAGUCUGUGCAAGAUCGAGAGGGACAAGACGAAGACAAGGCGUCGCUUCCUUCUCUUCUCCUGUAUGAAGCUCCGGAAACAGCGCGGAAUAAUGGUGACAAGAAGAACUGUCUGCAGGGUAACUCAGAUACCCUACGAAAAAGCAUUGUUGAUUCCUAUUUCUGGCUGCAAAAGCUCUCCACCAGCAUCUCUGCCGGAGAAUAUCCAAGCGUUGAGUUGCUUGUCAGAGGCGUCGAAGAACAGCAACAGCUCAUGCGUGUAGCGCAAACAAUGGAAGAGGAACGGGAGCAGUACGUUGAUGCCGUCGCGAAUCUGCACGCAGAGCUACGCUCUGUACGUGACGAGGCGUGCAUCUAUCUCCUGGCGCAUCAACAGCAGGCGACCGAUCUCCAGCAAGAGGCCGACGAUGCGCAUGCGGCAGCGGAUUUUUGGCUGCAGAGUCACCUGCGUUUCAUGCGGAAGUGGCAACAGAUUGGGUACGGUGCCCUCAUCUACCUGCCCGCUGCGCCGAUCAUCUCCGACGAAGAUAGAUGGCGGCACGAGCAACUAUUUCAAACGGACGCUCGUCGGUUGAUGAUUGCAGGAGAUUGUGAAAUCGAUCCUCUUGAAGUCCCCGAGGCGCCAGGCGGCCAGCCCGUGGGGGAUCCAUAUGCCUGUAGAGAAUCCCAGUCGCUUCGCGCGGUGGACGCUAUAUGUGCAGCUCAAAUUAUUCUCCAGGAUGAACAAGAGGCAGGGAAUGGCGAAGCGCAGGCUUCGGAAGCGGCAGAAGACCUUUCGUGGGCGAUGCCCGACGAUUUCGUCCGUUUACCUGGAGUGGACAGGGAUCCUAAAAAGGUGAAAAGUGAAUGUUUUCAGAAGGCAGGAUCAAAAAGAUCAGAGUCGUUCUUUCAAGCCUGGCGUCCACGGCGCUAUGGCUUCCACGAUGAGACGCAAUAG